GGGAGCUAAAACUGGGGAGGUGUGAAAGUGUUACUUCAUUAUAAGCAUCUCCAAACGCUUCUCCUUCACUUAUUUCAAACGAUCCAGCUAACGUAGUGGAUCUCUCGCCAGUAGUUCUUCUGACACAGGGAAUUGGUUGAAGGGAAUUCAACUGUUAGAUAUGAAAAGGUGUGUGCCGCUCCUCCUGCUACUCUCAGGUAAGUCUCAUUAUCCUGUACACACACACACACAUACAGACACUCUUACUGCAUAUAGUAUGCAAUACAGUGUGUGUGUGUGUGUAGGAAAUCAAUCUCCAAUGGAGGCACUGGAUUCUUGCAUAUGUUGAAUUUUGUGUGCGUCCUUUUUCAGGGUUCCACCAACUGUCGUCAAGCCUCACCGGCCAAUACUUCUUUGUGAAUGACCCCAAGACCUGGACUGAAGCACAGAGCUACUGCAGAGAGAAGUACACUGACCUGGCCACCAUAGACAACAUGGAGGAUAUGAACAGAUUCAGACAAGUUGUCAAUGGAUACAAUGGAAAUGUCUGGAUAGGGCUGUAUGAUGAUGUUAACAGUUGGAGGUGGUCUCUAGAAGAUAGUGGUUUCUAUGGAGACGGGGAGGCAGUGUUUAGGAACUGGGACAGCGGACAGCCUGAUAACCAAGGCAGCGGACAGUAUUGCACAGUGAUGAGAGACAACGGAAGGUGGAACGACGAGCGUUGCUCAAACAAAGACAUCUUCAUCUGCUACGACGGUAAGAAAUAACCGAUUACAUAAACCUAUUAUGCAUUUUUUUGGACGAUACACACACCUAUGACCCCCCCCCACUGGGCACACCAAGUCAUUUGAAUGUGGACAAUUGGGUAAUAUUUGUAGAUACGUUGAUCAAUGAGAUUACAACCUAUAUUCACCCACUGAAAAAGACAGCAAAAAGUUUGUUGAAUUCCAAAUGUGUUAUCACGUUGCUUUCAACCAUGUAAAAGAACCACCAAAUUCCAAUGAAAAAACAUUGUCUGAUUUUUGGUUUAGUUGUCACGUGUUAUCACUGCACUUAAUAACAAUUUAAAAGCACAACACAAUUCAAGUGGGAAAACAAGUGUGAUUGGAUAUUUCAACCUUGUGACGUAUCCCAUAAGAGACAUCAAAACGAAUACUAGAAAAAUAGAACCCCAAAAUGUGUCCAUGGAUGUUUUACUCAUCAUAAGGUUGAAUAAAUACUGUUAAUUUAGUUUGUAAGAUAGCCUUAACUUUAGGCUAUUUACUGUAUUACAAAAGUCUACACAACCAAAUAUCAACAUUUGAGAAGGAGAUGUAUCAACUGCUUGGAUAGUUCGAUCUGUGCUACUGGCUUAGUUUGUGUCCAGUGAGCUAUGAAGACACACAAGAAGAGGCUGGUGGGAGGAGCUAUAUGAGGACUGGCUCAUUGUAAUGGCUGGAAUGGCAUAAAUGGAAUGAAGUCAAACAUACCGUUCCCAACUAUUCCAUUCCAAUGAGCCCGUCCUCCUAUAGCUCCUCCUACCAGCCUCCUCUGGCCACGCACACACACACACACACACACACACACACACACACACACACAGGUCAAAUUUGUUCACAAUAUCCUUUCCCAACAGGAGGGACCAAUUCCUCCAAUCAUUUUAGUUUGAUUAAUGAAAGCCGAAGUUGGUCUGAAGCUCAGAGUUACUGCAGAGAUCACCACACAGACCUGGCCAGUGUGAGGAACCAGACUGAGAACCAGGAGAUACAGGUGUCUUGUUUUCUUCUAUGUUUCAUCACUAAUAUAUGCCAUUUAGCAGACGCUUUUAUCCAAAGUGACUUACAGUUAUGCAUGCAUACAAACAUUUGAACUUACUGUCUUGGCAUUGCAAGCCCCAUGCUCUACCAACUAAACUACGAAGGAACAGAGGACCACAUGGGAGUUUUUCCUGGCCACUGUGAUCUCACUUGCGCUUUGCUUUCUCUUUCUUGUUCUAGGCCGGGUUACAGUAAAUAAGUUAUUUUGUGACAACUGCUGAUGUAAAAAAGGCUUUAUAAAUACAUUUGAUUGAUUGAUUGAUUGAUACAGAGAGUGGCCAAUGGUAGCAACGUGUGGAUCGGCCUGUUCAGAGACUCAUGGAAGUGGUCAGACCAGAGCAACUCUUCCUUCAGAUACUGGAUAGAGGGAGAGCCCAAUAAUUUCCAAGGAAGGUCUGAGGGUUGUGUUGAGGCAUCGAUGACUAACAAUGGACAAUGGAACGAUGAGAUCUGCAUCCUUCCACAGUAUUUUGUCUGCUACUACACUGGUGAGUGAAGUGUGUGUGAGUGUAUGUGUGUGUGUGUUUUUUGUGUGUACCCAAAUAGUAGAGUAAUAAUGAGAGCAUGAAAGGACUUGAAAGACGGAGGAUGUACUAAAUGUGUGUGUGUGUGUGUAUGUGUGUGUGUGUGUGUGUGUGUGUGUGUGUGUGUGUGUGUGUGUGUGUGUGUGUGUGCGUGCGCGUGUUGGAGGAUAUGCUGGAGUGCAGGUGAAAUUCACCUCAACAACAGCGCUAACAGAUUCUAACAUCACCGAGCUGGUCUUGAAGAAGGUGAGUCAUUCUACCUCACCCGUUAACCAUCAUUACAAGGCCCAACAGUUUUCUCUUACCUUAACAGACAAGGAAAAACUCUGGGCCCUAGUUAGUUAGGAGUUAUUCCUGGUAAUAAUGAUAAUAAUGUAUAUGCCAGGGUUCCCCAACUAUAUUUGGCCCCACAAGUUUUCUGAUCAAUUUGUUACAUUUUUAUUACUAUUUGUUGGACAUAAAAUACUCUAAAAACACCAGCAAAUCAGCUCCAAGUGAUUUUAACUUUGGAAACCUACACCAAAGUAUCAUCCCCCCCCCCAGAACGGCCUUGAGUUGUCGGGGCAUGGUCUCUACAAGGUGUGGAAAGCGUUCCAUAGGGAUGCUGGCCCACCUCUUUAAGGAAUACCUGGGAUAGGAUAAAGUAAUCCUUCUACCCCCCCAAAAUUGUAAAGUGGUUAUCCCACUGGCUAUAGGGUGAACGCACCAAUUGGUGAGUCGCUCUGGAUAAGAGCGUCUGCUAAAUGACGUAAAUGUGCCCUUGAGCAAGGCACUUAACCCUAAUUGCUCCUGUAAGUCGCUCUGGAUAAGAGCGUCUGCUAAAUGACUAAAAUGUAAAUGUAAAUGUAAAUAAGCCUGCUGAAUCUAGUUGAUGAUUCCUGAUAUACACAGUUUAACAUGCGCUUUUAUCCAAACGACUUACAGUCAUACAUUUAGAUGGUCAGAUCAUAUGGUGACUAUCCUUGUGUGUCUAUCUCUCUUAGCUACAAGAUGAACUGAGACAGCGAGGGAUAUCCGACUCUGUCACCCUGCGGUGGAAGAAAAAAGACUGACUCUGACUGAGGUGGAUAGAAGAAGGAGGGAGGAGAAGGAGGAGAAGAAAUGAGGGAGGAGAUGAGUGGAUGAAGAGAAUGAAGAGAGAUUUAUGUCUUUUUUUCAUGGAAAAUGUAGAGGAAUUCCGGCGCAGAAAGAUAGUUUUAUUGUUCAAUUUUUGUCCAACUCCUAACAAGGAUAACAAUGCAUACUGAAUACCAAUUCAUUCAUGCUAUUUGUGAUUGGAAAUACAAUGUAAUAGCUGUAAGCACUCAUCUAAUACAUUUUUGAACAUGCUAUAUCAACUAAAUCAACAUUCUUCAUGUUAUUGAAAUGUUAUUGUCAUGUUAUUGAAAUGUUAUUCAUCAUGCUAUUGAAAUGUUAUUCGUCAUGUUAUUGAAAUGUUAUUUGUCAUGUUAUUGAAAUGUUAUUUGUCAUGUUAUUCAUAUUAUCUAAAUCACACACAGUUCACACCAAGUUCAACACAUAGGCAGAUUGAUUAUUGGACAAAUAAUCAGUACUAUCAUCAAGAACCACAGUUCUCAACAGACCAGAAUCAAUCAAAUUACAUGUGGCCCAUCCCAUCUUGAUUUCUAACCAAUCAGCCUGUCAGCCUCUAUCACUGACAGGCAGAAUGACAAAUGAGGCGGAGUUCAAGAAUCGUAAAAAUACCCUUUAUAAUAUUGCAUUAUAUCAUAGCAUUUGCAUACUGGCGUACAGUUCAGCAGAAGCGUUUGUAGGAUUGACACAUAUGGGGAUUUUCUUUUAGCAGGGUCCAAAAAAAUGUGGCUUUUAUAAACUCAUUUCAUUUUAGGCCUACAUGACAGUAGACAUUAUCCGAAUAUUUUUGAAUACUACACAAAUGAACGAAAUGAGUGGCUACUCUGACACUGUCAAACAGAUUAAUAAAAAUGACCGGGUCUUGACCUGGCCCAGGGCUAAUAGAAAGAAAGGAGACAGAUUGUACAAUAUUAGGAGGAAAUGUAUUAUAGGCUACAUUAGGAUUCUAAAUAA